CUCCGCGAAGUCUUCCUCAUUCCUGCCCCCGUGCCGGGACAUGUCGUCCAGAGACAUUCCACACGUGAGCGUGUACAGAAGGUGCUGUACAGGGGGCGUGGCGCGUGUGUGUGGGCGUGUCGUGUUGUGUGUAUACAGCGCGGCGGGUGUAUUGACAGUACACAUGUGUGUAUAGAAGAGUCGGCGCUCACACAUGAGCCGGCAGAACACGGCACCGCCACGGACCAGCACUGACCUCUCUCUGUGUCUCAGGUUUGGAGAUGGUGACUGAAGAUGGAAGCGAUUGGCUCCUCCACCUCCUGCGGGAGGUCCAACUGGAACAAUUCUACCAGAACAUCCGCGACGAGCUCAACGUCACCCGACCCGGACACUUCGACUUCGUCAAACCCAUCGACCUGGACCACAUCGGCAUGGGGAGGCCAGCUCAGAGAAGACUCUUCGAAGUUUUAAAGCGAAGAAAGCCGCCAAUCCGCCCCAAAUCAUGGAUACACAAACUACUGGGGGGAAUCAUGUUUGCAAACAGAGGCCCCGACGGCCCCGACUCGCCCUCAAAUCUGGAUGUCAUCAUGUCGCCCUCGUCUGUAUCGCCCUUUUCUCAGUCACCCGCCUCCCAUCGAGGGGAAGGUGAGAACUCCAUGAAGUGUCUGAUCAAUGACCAGGACCUGCACCUGUCGGAGCGUCUGGGGGACGGCUGCUUCGGGGUGGUCCGCAGAGGGGAGUGGAGGAUUCCCGGUGGAAGGACAGUGAAUGUUGCGGUGAAAACUCUGCGUACCGACUCCGCCUCCAACCCCGACAUCCUCCAGGAUUUUCUACAGGAAGUGAAUUCCAUGUACGUCCUGGACCACCCGCAUCUCAUCCGACUCUAUGGGGUAGUUCUGACCCAGCCAAUGAAAAUGGUCACAGAGUUGGCCCCUCUCGGAUCUCUACAUGACGCUUUGCGCUCUCGCUAUGGCGCAUACCCUCUGCAGCUCCUGUGGUCAUACUCCAUCCAGAUCGCCUCCGGGAUGAGCUACCUGGAGAGCCACAAAUUCAUCCACCGGGACUUGGCCACGCGGAAUGUACUGCUGAUGAGCGAAGAAAUGGUGAAGAUCGGAGAUUUUGGGCUGACGAGGGCGCUGAGGGCGAACGAUGAACAGUACAUCAUGUCUGCUCACCGCAGGAUUCCCUUUGCAUGGUGCUCACCAGAAAGCUUGAAGAUUGGGACCUUCUCACACCCAUCAGACGUCUGGAUGUUCGGGGUCACCAUGUGGGAGAUGUUCACCUAUGGACAGGAGCCCUGGUUGGGCCUGGCUGGGAGACAGAUCUUACAGAAGAUUGACCGCGAGGGGGAGAGACUGGAAUGUCCAGAUGAUUGCCCCCCGGCUUUGUACAACAUCAUAAUGAAGUGCUGGGCGCACAAACCGGACCAGAGGCCAAACUUCAGUGCUCUCAUCAGCCUUCUGCAAGAGGUCACAGAGUUGGCCCCUCUCGGAUCUCUACAUGACGCUUUGCGCUCUCGCUAUGGCGCAUACCCUCUGCAGCUCCUGUGGUCAUACUCCAUCCAGAUCGCCUCCGGGAUGAGCUACCUGGAGAGCCACAAAUUCAUCCACCGGGACUUGGCCACGCGGAAUGUACUGCUGAUGAGCGAAGAAAUGGUGAAGAUCGGAGAUUUUGGGCUGACGAGGGCGCUGAGGGCGAACGAUGAACAGUACAUCAUGUCUGCUCACCGCAGGAUUCCCUUUGCAUGGUGCUCACCAGAAAGCUUGAAGAUUGGGACCUUCUCACACCCAUCAGACGUCUGGAUGUUCGGGGUCACCAUGUGGGAGAUGUUCACCUAUGGACAGGAGCCCUGGUUGGGCCUGGCUGGGAGACAGAUCUUACAGAAGAUUGACCGCGAGGGGGAGAGACUGGAAUGUCCAGAUGAUUGCCCCCCGGCUUUGUACAACAUCAUAAUGAAGUGCUGGGCGCACAAACCGGACCAGAGGCCAAACUUCAGUGCUCUCAUCAGCCUUCUGCAAGAGGUGAAACCACUAGAGGUUCGGAUUCUUCAGGAGGUGAACAAUCCCUCUUGGCUGCCUCUGGAGGCUGGGGACCUUGUCACCGUCAUUGAUGCUGGGUCAGACUCUCAGCCCUGGAGAGGACAGAAUCAGCAAACUCUUAGGAUUGGACCAUUCCCUGCUGCUGUCAUUUCUCCGGAGGACUUGGCACGCGGCCGUAGCUCUUCACACUUGGCGGGCAAUCUAGGAAAGACCUCUUUUGCUGAUGCAGAGAAUGACAAGAGAAUCCGAGCAAAAGAAGGUCAACGGAGGAGGGGAGGAGGAGCUGGCGUUGGUCGCAUCAGAGCAGAAGAAAUGAUGAUUCGUAUGCAACGUCUCUCUAGAAGUUUGGAGUCCCUAUCUAACUUUGACAACAAUCCUCAAAGCCACCCCACACCCAGGCAACGUGGGCGGGAUCUGGAGAGCAUAGCAUCGCCACCCCGUGAGCCCUCCCCGAGAAGAAUGAGUGACCUUCCCCCACGACGUUUGCUGGCCAACCUCCGCCCCAUACCUUCUCCCAAGCCCAAGGUGUCGGCCCUUAAGGAUCGGUUCCUGGCUCCUCCCACACCGGAUCACCCCGGGCAGCAGAUGAACCGCAAAUUUCCAACUUCUCCAGUCCCGGUUCCAGCAGAAACGCACCCGGUCCCUCGCGUGACACCAGAAAGUAAAUCUGCGGGGUACAGAGCCGUCACUGCGGACAGUGAGCUGCAAAAGAAAAUUAAAGAGGUGGAGGAGCGCGUACAUGGAGUAACCACCGAAGAGAGCCGGGAGGCGCUGCGCACCUAUGGAGGGGACGUGACGCGGGCUGUGCAGGCUUUAAAGGUGGAACAGCUCUACAACAUCAGCCGAUACAGCAAGGAAGAAUGCCAACGCAUCCUGGAUAAAUGCAAGUGGAACUUGGAGGCCGCCUCCCGCUAUGUCCUGCGGCGCACACAACCUCACUGAUGGGACUUCUGCCGUUCCUUGAUUGAAGGAUUCUUCCUCUGAAGAG